GUGAACUCGCUACAAAAGAGAAGUAUGAAUUUGAAUUACAAAAUUCUUCUCUUACUAGCUCUCUGCAUUUGCAAUGCUGAAUCUGAAGACCCCUCGGGUCAGUUUUGCAAUACAGACACUAAUAUUGGUAGUGGUAGCCAAAUAUCAGCUAAUAUUAAUCGCUUAUUAGCUGAAUUGGUUUCCAAAACCACCUCCAAUGGUUUUAUUGCUACUUCCUAUGGUAAAAACCAAGACCAAGUUUUUGGUCUUGGACAAUGUAGAGGGGAUGUGAGCAGCAUUGACUGCUCAAGUUGCAUCCAAGAUGCAGCAAAGCAAAUCCGCCAACGCUGUCCUAACCAAGCUGAUGCAAGAAUUUGGUAUGACCAUUGCUUUUUACGUUACAACAAUAAAAGCUUCCCUGGAGAAAUUGAUACAUCUUUUGGUAUAUUCUAUUGGAAUGUGGAAAAUGUAACCGAUCCUGAAAAUUUUAACAAAGAACUAGGUACUCUGAUGGAUCAGAUUAGAGCACAAGCUGCUGAGACAAAGAAUAAAGGGCUUGGAAAAGGUGAUACCAAGUUGUCAUCAUUUGUGACACUCUAUGCAUUGGUGCAAUGCACAAGAGACCUAUCUCAGAUAGAUUGUGCACAGUGUCUGGCCAUUGCUGUAGGCAAUUUUGAAACCUUUUGUAAAGACCGGAAAGGAUGCAGAGUUCUAUAUAGCAGUUGUUAUGUCCGAUAUGAGCUCUAUCCAUUUUUCUUUCCUCUUGAUUCAAAGUCAAACAAUACCAUGGCUGAUACUCUUAUGGCUAUAGUUUAUCCAUAAAACUUCCAAGCUAAGUCCUUAUGCCAAUGAGCCAUGUUAAGGAAACAUAUAUGUUGCAAUAACUCCUCGAAAGUUUAAUUUCAAUAAAUACUUCUAUUUGUGAAA